UUACUACAGUUCAUAUUUUUCAUUUAAACGAGAGUAAAAAAGUAACAUUGAGCUAAAUAAAUGUGCUGAAAAUAAUAGACAAAAAUGACAUCAUUUUUAAGUAAAGAUCAAACGGGAUAUGUUGCUGUAGGAAUAGGAGUCGGUCUUGUCAUUGGAUGGUUUCUUAGAGGACGUCUCCGACCUUCAUUAGCUGUUUUAUCAGCAAAAAAUGGUUCAAAUGAAGCAGUGUUUUCUUCAGAUAGUGGAGAGUAUAAAUUGGUGUUUGUUGUAAGAAAUGAUUUGAAAAUGGGAAAAGGAAAAGCAGCUGCCCAGUGCUGCCAUGCUGCAGUCAUGUCAUAUGAAGCUGUCAGUAAAACAGACCCAGAAAUGUUCAGAAAAUGGAGAAUGUAUGGUCAGCCAAAAGUUGUUGUCAAAACAGAAACAGAGGAAUCUUUAUUAAAAAUAGCUAGAGAAGCUAGAUCUUUAGGACUAAAUGCAAGUUUAGUAAAAGAUGCUGGCCGAACCCAGAUAGCACCAGGAUCUAUAACAGUGACUGGUAUAGGACCAGGACCAGAAGAAUUAGUAAACCAAGUGACAGGACAUUUAAAACUGUUUUGAUAAUUUAUAGAAUUUUUUUUUUUAUUAAAAGUUAUGAUUUUAA